AAUUGACAGUUGUCACUGAUAGCUUGAGUUUGCCUUUACCACCUUUGGUAUUGCACCAAAUGUUUAAGGUUAUGUUUAUUUAUCCAGGAGGCGAGAGCAAACAUUAAGGUUAUAUUUGGUUCCAAAAUAUAUUGAUACACUAUCAUGGGCCGCAAUAAGAAAAAGAAGAGCGAAAAACAUAACAUUCAACAGAGUUCGGAACAUUUAGAUGUCCCUGAAUCCAAUGCAUUAAACGAUUCCCAUGAAGAAGGAACAAACAUCACCGCUGUUGAGGAAGAAAGCAGAACAACAGAUAAUAAGAUAAUGAAAAGACAGCAUGAUAGUGAAAAUUCAGAUACUGAAGAUGAACCAAAAAAACCUAAGAAGAAGAAGAAAGUCCCUCUAGAAGCAGAAGAGCCAGCAACAGGUAAAAAAAAUAAAAAGUCGAAACGGCAACUAAAAAGGGAGAAAUAUGCUGCAAAACUUGCUCUAGAACAAGCAAGUGCAAAGGACCAAACUAAGUUACAAUGCCUUAAUUAUUUAUCUCAGUGGAAACAUGACAAGCAAAACUGGAAGUUCAUGAAAGCAAGACAACUUUGGCUUCAUAAAAACAAGUUUUCAACCCAACUCAUACCAGAAGCUUCUUGGCCAUUAUUAUUAGAAUAUUUUGAAUCAGCUCAAGGCAACAUUAAGACCAUACUUCUCAAUGAUGCAAAUAAAAUCAUUAAACAAAUGGAUGAAUGGACAGAGUCGCAAACCAAUAAAGAUGCUGAAGAUGAUACAGAAAAAUCUGAAUCUACUGAAUUAACAAAGCCUGAAGAAACAGUUUAUAACAGGGCUAGAAGUAUAAUUCAAUGUUUACAGGAAUAAAACACAAUUUAACUUU